CCCGCCCCGGCUGUGGCCCCCGGCUGCGGAGAAGUCCGAGACGCAGCUGCAGCGCGGGGGCCUGAGUGGCAGCCUACACCACAGCAGGCUGAUCUGGAGCGUCCCGCACAGGUUUAGACCCAGUGUGCCUGCUGGGCUGUGCCCAGGUUCAAAGCCAUGCCAAUCAGUGGGUGAAGCUUGAGGCAGCGAUGGAGCCGCUGCAGCAGAAGCCACAGCAGCAGCAGCCACAGCAGCAGCCACCACACCAGGUUUCUCUGCAGAUGGAUGCCAGAGAGAAGCAGGGACAGCAGAUGAGAGAAGCCCAGUUCCUGUAUGCCCAGAAGCUGGUCACACAGACUCUUCUUUCUGCCACACCUGGGAGGCCUUCUGUCAGCCCUGCCCUGGGUCCCUUAGCCAGAAUUCCUCCGGCCACAGCAGUGACCCGAGCUUUUGAACGGAGCAAUGUGAACUCAGAGCCUGAGGAAGAGGAAGGAGGUUUGGAAGAUGAGGAUGGGGAUGAUGACGUUGCAGAGGUGGCUGAGAAAGAGGCCCAGGCUGCUUCAAAAUAUUUUCAUGUGCAGAAAGUGACUCGCCAAGACCCUAGAGUGGCACCCAUAUCUGGUCUCCUUCCAGCACCAGGGCUCCUACCACACGGACAGCAGGCCCGAGAAGACCAUACCAAAGAUGCUACCAAGGGCCCAGCUUCAGCCCCCACAGCUGGGCAACCAGGCUGGAAUCUGGAUGAGCAGCUCAAGCAGAAUGGUGGUGUGGCCUGGAGUGAUGAUGCGGAUGGAGGCCGGGGAAGAGAGAUCUCUCGAGAUUUUGCCAAGCUAUAUGAACUGGACAGUGAUCCGGAAAGGAAGGAGUUCCUGGAUGACCUCUUCAUCUUUAUGCAGAAGAGGGGGACCCCUAUCAACCGAAUCCCCAUCAUGGCUAAGCAGAUCCUUGACCUGUAUAUGCUGUAUAAACUGGUUACAGAGAAGGGGGGCCUGGUGGAGAUCAUCAACAAAAAGAUCUGGCGGGAGAUCACCAAGGGGCUGAACCUGCCCACGUCCAUCACCAGCGCUGCCUUCACCCUGCGGACCCAGUACAUGAAGUACCUGUAUGCCUACGAGUGUGAGAAGAAAGCCUUGAGCUCCCCGGCCGAGCUCCAGGCAGCCAUCGAUGGCAACCGGCGAGAGGGCCGGCGGCCCAGCUACAGCUCUUCCCUCUUCGGCUACUCACCUGCUGCUGCCACUGCCGCCGCCGGGGCCCCUGCCCUUCUUUCCCCACCCAAAAUCCGCUUCCCCAUCCUUGGGCUGGGCUCCAGCAGUGGCACCAGUGCCAGCAGCCCUCGGAUGUCCCCAGCAACCACUCUCAGGAAAGCUCUGGUACCUUUGCCAGGUGAUGGAGUCCCAGUGACAGCGGUGCCUGUGCCAAAUCGCCUGGUUGUGCCCGUGACCUUGGCAGGCCAGCAGGCCGGCACCCGGACCGCCACACUGGAGCAGCUGCGGGAGCGGCUGGAGUCAGGGGAACCCCCUGAGAAGAAGGCAUCCAGGCUGUCGGAGGAGGAGCAGCGCCUGGUACAGCAGGCCUUCCAGCGCAGCUUUUUUGGCAUGGCCCGGCAGCUGCCCAUGAAGAUCCGGGUCAACGGCAGGGCAGAAGACCGAUCAGAGGCCUCGGCCACGGCGCUGAACCUGACAACAGGCAGCUUUGGGAGCAUAAACAUGUCUGUGGACAUCGACGGCACCACCUAUGCAGGUGUGCUGUUUGCCCAGAAGCCUGUGGUCCACCUCAUUGCAGGAGCUGCUUCCCAGAGCAUUGGCAGCAGCAGCAGCAGCAGCAGCAGCAGCAGUUCUCACUGCUCACCAAGUCCUACCUCAUCCCGGGGCACCCCCAGUGCAGAGCCCUCCACCAGCUGGUCCCUCUGAGGGGCAGGACACAGCUUCCCACCCAACUCUCCUGUCGAGAGUGAAGGAAGUUGACGCACAGAAUUUACCUCAUCUCACAGAGCCCACGUCAAACAUCAUUUGGCCAGAUGCUGAGAGUUUGGACAUGUCCGCCUGUCCAGGCUCCAAUCAGGUCCUGCUGUACUCUGGGGACAGGGAGAGGCUGGAAGGGCAGGACAGGGCAGCACUGUCCAAUCAGGGAUUGUCCUGGAGGACUGGGCGGGGUUUGUGGGCGGCCAGCUUCCUCGGGGGUUCCCAGGCCACCUCCCAUCCUGGGUACAGUGUAUUGACAAUCUGUAAGCCGACACAGGGUUGGAGGCCCUCCAUUUCCCUUCCCAUUUAAUUUAUUUUCCUUCCCCUGCCUUCCACCAUGACUCCUGGGUCACUGGUCUCUGCUCAGUCCCCCAACCUGACUCGUGGGGCUGCUAGGAGCCAAGAGCAUGCAUUUGUAGCCCUUCUCUGCUGAGCCUGAGAUGGGGCCCUCCCAGCCCACCUUCCCUACCAUGUUUGGUUCUUGGAGUUGCGGGUCCCUAAAAUGCAAGUCCUGAAGCAGUCCUCAGGGCCCCUUGUGCCCCUUGUAAUGGUCCCAAGAAAGGGCACCUGAGGGCAGUCCUCAGGUCCCAGGGCCUCCUGGGCGUCUGCUGAGGGAGAGGCAGCGCCUUGGGGCUGCCCCAGCAGGCCCUGGCACCCACCUCACACUGACCCUUCUCUGACCCUCCCAGACCUCAUGCUGCCCACUCGCCCUCGUUGGCCAGCUCUCGCAAGAACAGCCCACUUGUCCCUUGGGCCCCCCUUGUACUGGGGCCAUCUCAGCCCCAACAUCCCCAGGCCUGUCGAUGUCAGGUUCAUUGAAAUACCUCAGAUUUGUAAUUGUUGAUGUUUGAUUCUUCAGGAAGUAUUUGCAUCUCUGAAAAUUUUUUUAUAUGUGUUUUGCUGACUUUUUUUUAUUUUAAAACUUUUAUCGUUGUUGUAGCACCAAAGAAAUGAUCACCCCAAAGCCAAGCAGAUGAUUUGGUACCCCAGCCCCUCUGGCCCUUUACUGAGACCCCAGUGAGGAGGCGAGGAGGCAGGCAGGAGAGAUGACUCAGGGAUCGCAGCAGCGGGAGAGGGUGGAACGGAGAGGCCCGCUCUCACACAGGCUGGGUCCUGAAACCACUCCGGUUCUAAAGAUGGUCCUCGGCCCAUUUCCUGCCAGAGCACAGCUAGUCCCAGCCCCUACCCCCCACUCACCAGUGUGGGCAGGAGGUCUCCCCUUCACAACACUCCCACCUCAGGACAGGAGCAGGCCGUGGGCCUUGGGGUGUGGCUACACCAGAGCUGAGGAGAUGUGAGAGCGCUCCAUCUGUCGUCCUGGCCCCCGAGGUGGAGCAGGCCGGUCCUGUGCUGUAAAGGAGUGAUUCUCACCCUGCUCGCCACACAGUCCAGUAAGCCCUGCAGUGUGCAGUAGGACACCACCCACUGUGAUGUCGUCGGGCUGCAGUGGGAGACCACGCCGGCACAAGCCCACGUCAGUCCUGUCUCGGGAAGGAAGGAAAAUCGAGCUUGAGCACAAAAGAUACCUCAGCCUGGUGAGCUGCAGCUCAGGGGCCUGCGUCAUCCCACUCCCCUCCCCCAGCCCUCCACACCCACUCACAGCCCCAUCCACUGGGGCUGACACUCUGCUGGCCUCAGAAGCCUUCCCACCUGACCCACCCGGCAAGCUCAGGGUGUGGGCACAGAGGGCAUCUGGGAUCUGGUGCCAGGGAGGAAGGAGCCCAGUUGGCUGGCACUGGGCCUGCUUGAAGGUGUCACAGACAUUUUGCCAGUCUGUUUUUCUCAGGGGUUUGGUUACGAAGGAUGGACUCUUCCCACCCAGAGGACGCAGGGACAGCGCACUGUUAUCUUUCUGGUCACUGGACUUUCUCCUUUUUGGGCAGCGUGCCCAACUCCCCUCCCUCAGCGAACCCUCUGUGCCCUGAGAGCUUGAGCAUGGUGGCACCAGAGGAGCUUUCCCUGAAAGUGCAGCCCUGUCGGCCUGGGCAGCUCUGUCCUCUCGCCCUCCCAACCUUAUAUGUAUUCUAACCAGGAAAAAUGUGAUAGCACAUGGGUAGCUAGGAGUGGAGAAAUACCUCAGACGUCCUCUUGCAGCAAGUGUCUGUAUAUGUUGUGGUUAUUUUCUAUCUUACAUGUUCUUGAAUGUUUAUAUUUCAAUAAACCUCUACCUCUUCACACAAGCAGG